GCUCAGGGCGGGUUGGUUGAUGUAAGCGUCACAAUAAGACUAGGUGAAGAUACACCCCUGGUGAAUCAAAAUUUCAAUUUACAUGCACUACUAAAGAAGCAAGUCAACCCUACUGAUGGCUUUGCAUUUACGUUCAUCAGGAUUUUAUCCAGCUGUGUUGUCCCGAUUUUUUUCUUGUAGUCUUGUUAGAAAUAAAAAAGAAGUGAAGUAUACAGUAAAUAAAAACGUCACCACAGUUGAAGGCGUAAUUGUUCCUUCAGAACGUAAAGGAAAAGUUGUAUGUUUAGAUGGUUUCGGAGAUCCUCGAGAUACUGACCCUAUCACACGCUUAGGGUUGCAAAUACGUCAUACAGAUGUACGGAUUUUAUCACAAUUUUUAAGACCUGAUGGAAGUGUUAUACCCAGAAGUGUUAGUGGUAUAAGUCUUAGGUCACAGAAACAUAUAGAAUUAAUGAUUGAACGUGCAAGAAAAGCCGAAAACCAUUCAAUAUAAUUUUUUAAUUAUGGGGAUCUCAUUUUAUGAUCUAAUAACUUGUAAGACUAUGAAUAUCUUGUAUUUAAAGACCUCACACAGUUCUUCUCUAACAAAACAGGAGUAACUAAUGUAACAGGAUAAUAAGGACUCGUUUUUAUCACUUUGUUGAUUCGUUUCAGUUAUACCAAAACAUUUAAAUUUCAAAACGACUUUAGCAUACUCUUACUACAUUUACAGUGAGUUUUUGGUUUCAUCUGAACUUAGGACUUUGUAUAGAAGUGUAACAGUUUAAGUUGUUACACUCCAUUUAACACACAAAGGUCGGGGGAAAAAUCAAAAGAACUAUAAUGACCAGGAAAGACGGAAGGACUUAAUCGAUAUCGGAGAUUAAAAAGAGUGAACGUAUCUUUACGAAUGGGAACAGUUUUAAGCCAUAUCACUAAAAGUCUCAAGCCAUUUGUCCUUAGCUUCUCUCUGACCGUAACCAAGCAGUCUACACCUUACCUAGAUCAAACUGACAGUCGACAACUUCACAAAUCACUCCUAACUCUUCCCCACCCCAAUUCUAUGUCUGCUAACAAGUUUUGGGAAGAAAAUUUAAAUAACACAAGUACAGAAUGACGUACGUUGUUAAAUUACCAAGUAUUAAAUGUGUUGUCCUUUAAUGAGAUAAUUAUACGAAUAUUCUUGAGUAAAAAUCGUAGAAAGAAACACAGCGUAACUAAGGAGUAUGUCAGUAUGAUGGUCAGUCCUUUUAAAUUCUGAUAAUCUAGUUACUUACUUCAUUCCAGGCUUAUCUUACUUAUAGUUCCUACCAAUAACUCCUUGUCAGUGUGAUAAAAGUAUACCCAAACCUUUGUAAUUUAAAUAUUUCGACUAAAGAAAUUCCAAAACAAGUCUUAAGCAAGCGAUUACUUAUUUUCGGUAAAUUCCCAUCAAGCUUUACAAUUAUAUGACAAAAUAUCCGUCACAGAUAUUUCAAACAAUGUGGAUCAACAGGAUCACACAUAUUCAAAGACAAUGAGGGUAUAAUGAUAAUAAUAAAUUGUGAGACUAAGAAUAAACUAGGCACCUAUUGCACAGUAUGAUAUUGACAAUGAAGUUAGCAGUACAAAUAAAAAUAAUAUUUACAGUUAUCCUUUGUCACUGGGAUAACUAUUCUAUGUUGGAGUUGAAGGCCAUGAGAAGCAGAGGGAUUGAAACUUUUUCUGAGCACAAAGAUUGGGCUGAAAAUUCUUUACGGUAACUACCUCAGCUAUGCUUAGCAAUCGAAGACCUACGAGUUUAGGGAAUUGAAGUGUGGUAUUUUGUAUAGAAUUGUGAAGGCGAGAUUUUUUUAUCAGUCUUGUCAUCCGUAUUCACAAGGUGUGCCAAUAUUGAACUCCUGAUUAACUUUAUAGCUUCUUUGCCUAGCCACUUUGAUCAGUGCUCAAGAAGGCGAUGAUGGUCUUGUCCAGGCCUUCUACCUAUGAAACUCUCUACAUGAGGAGUUAAAUUUAUACAUGC